GACACACACACAAACACACACACACACACACACACACACACACACGCAGCAGUGACGCGAUCUGAAGAUCGGCGUUGAGUAUUAAAGAGGGAGUGGCCUCAAAGAAGCGAGGCGAGGCGCGGCAAUUCAGACCUCUCGCCAACAGCUGGAGGACAGGGAGAGCAAAGGACAGGCGCCGCCUGCAGUUGCCAGACGCUUUACGGUGACGCGACAGCAGUGCGUUGACGCGCUGAUGAGCCGCGGCCUCCACGUCUUAGGUUCCGCAAAGGCCUGUGGGAGCGACCCGGGAGAAGGAGGGCCAAGAUGGCGAAAGCGGCAGAGUCUUCGGGAGAGCCGGGGACAACGUCGCCCAGGCCCCUGUUUGCAGGCCUUUCUGAUAUAUCCAUCUCACAAGACAUCCCUGUGGAAGGAGAAAUCACCAUUCCUAUGAGAUCUCACAUUCGGGAAUUUGACAGCUCCACGUUAAAUGAAUCUGUUCAGAAUACUAUUGUGCGUGAUCUAAAAGCUGUUGGGAAAAAAUUUAUGCAUGUUUUGUAUCCAAGAAAAAGUAAUACUCUUUUGAGAGAUUGGGAUUUAUGGGGCCCUUUGAUCCUUUGUGUGACACUUGCAUUAAUGCUUCAAAGAAGCUCUGUAGAUAGUGAAAAGGAUGGAGGGCCCCAGUUUGCAGAAGUCUUUGUCAUUGUCUGGUUUGGUGCAGUUACCAUCACCCUCAACUCAAAACUUCUUGGAGGAAACAUAUCUUUUUUCCAGAGCCUCUGUGUGCUGGGUUACUGUAUACUUCCCUUGACAGUGGCAAUGCUGGUUUGUCGGUUGGUGCUUUUGGCCGAGCAAGGACCAAUAAACUUCAUGGUCCGGCUUUUUGUGGUGAUCGUGAUGUUUACAUGGUCUAUAGUAGCCUCUACAGCUUUUCUUGCCGAUAGCCAGCCUCCAAACCGCAAAGCCCUCGCCAUUUAUCCUGUUUUCUUGUUCUAUUUUGUCAUCAGUUGGAUGAUUCUCACCUUCACUCCUCAGUAAAUCAGGAAAUGGAAAUUAAAAACCAGUGAAUUGAAAGCUCGUCUGAAAGAUGCAAUUUACCAUUGAGCUUUGCCUCUGGCCCUCUUUUGUCUAAUUUUGGAGAUAUUUUGAGAUGAAAGGGGAGCCAUAAAGCACCAUCACCAUUUAUGUAAGGAACUGAUGUUUGAAAGAUUGUCCUUUUCCUCUUAAUGUCAUUUCUUGAAAAUACAUAGUAUACACAGUAUAGUGCUGCCUUAAGGCAUGAUAGGGUCACUGUGGUCCAUUUGAGUGACAACCAAUGAUUUGGAAAGCACAUGUAUACAUCCUGCAAGUUGAGUAGAAUUAGUAACUGUAUUUUCAGUUUUGAGAAUACCAGUUCAGGUGCAGCUCUUAAAUACAUUGCCUUAUGACUAUUAGAAUAUGCCUCUCUCUUCAUAAAUAAGAAUCGAUAGUCUGUAUCCAUUUCCUUUUAUUUCUCUCUUAGGCUUAAAAAGGCAAUGACAGAGGUUGGGAAGGGGGUUCAUAACUGGG